AUGUGGCUAGCUUGGCUGUUAGCUGUGAGCGUGUGCCUGAUGGGGGCGGCGGGCUGCGGCCCGGGCCGGGGGGCCGGCCGCCGGCGAAACGCUCCUCUCAGCCCUCUCGUCUUCAAGCAGCACGUCCCCAACGUCAGCGAGGGCACCCUCGCCGCCAGCGGGCUCGUCGAGGGCAGGAUCACCAGGGUCGACCGCAGGUUCUUGGAUCUGGUCCCCAACUACAACCCGGACAUCAUCUUCAAGGAUGAGGAAGGAACAGGAGCGGAUCGUCUCAUGACGCAGGUAAGCGACAAACCAACCCUUAUGAUCUUAAAUUGUUCUUUGAUAGAGUUGAAAUUCUUGUAA